UCAGAGGAGAAAAAACUGCUGGUUUUGCUGUUCACAUUAAAUAAGACUUAAAAAAGUUGAAAAAAAGUUGUUGCUACCAUAUCUUUUAUCGCAGUAUUGUCUACACAGCGUCAUCUGUCAAAAAUAUUCCAUUAGCUUGUUAUUUGUAAAUAAUUUAAAGUAUCUUCACGACUCUGCUCUUAUCAGAAAGUCCUUUUGUAUUGCCCGUCUCGAAAAGGAGAACCAUUUCUAAUCCCACCUUAGUGAUCAACGAAAUUUCUCAUAAAUUUAUAUUUACAUAAGUGGAUUUUGAUUAAGCAGUUAUCUGAUAAGAGAAUGAUGAAGUCAUUUUGCUCUAUUAUAACAGUGACUUGCAUAAUCAUAAACAUAAGUUUUGUAAACUCAGUAGAAAAUAUGUCAGCCAUCCUAUCUCAUGCAGUUGUGCCUGAUGUUAUUGAUAUUUCACCCACUGAAGCUGUGCAUGUUUCCUAUGACAGUGGUGUGCAUGUUGAUCAAGGGAAAGAACUGACUCCAACUCAAGUAAAAAAUGAACCAACUAAAGUAAACUGGUUAGCUGAAGAGGGAUCCAAUUACACCCUUUGCAUGACAGAUCCAGAUGCCCCAUCAAGGGCUGAACCUUCGAAACGUGAAGUUCUUCAUUGGCUUGUUGUUAACAUUCCCGGAAAUGAAAUAAAUAAGGGAGAGGUUCUUGCAGAGUAUAUUGGUUCUGGAGCCCCAAAGGGAACUGGUCUUCAUCGAUAUGUAUUCUUAGUCUACAAACAACCUGGUGUGCUCAGCUGCGAUGAACCGCGCAUUUCAAACAGAUCACGUGAAGGGCGAAUAAACUUUUCCAUUCGUAAGUUUGCGGUCAAAUACAAUUUGGGGCAGCCUAUUGCCGGAAAUCUCUUCCAAGCGCAGUACGAUGAUUAUGUCCCAAAGCUACACGAACAGUUAUCGGGCUAGCCAUGCUUCAAUCACGACGACCCUAAUUAGAUUUCAUUGUAGUAAAAAAAAACAAAUUAGAUGAUUGAAUAGUUUAACCCAAUAUCUUAUUUUCUGGUGACAAGGUUCAUUUUUAAUCUAAGAAAUGGUGAUGCGGCGUUGUGCGCAUUUUUCGCAAACUUGGUCCACUUUAAUGCUAUAAAGCAUCGUUGACAUUUUUUUUUGAGCUGAAGAUUUCCAUGAAAUAUCUUAAAGAAUUGCGUUUUCUAAUACAUUUCCACUUCGAUACUU